UUUCCGGCCUGCGCAGCUCAGCCCACCCGAGUUGCGUCACGUCCGGUCCGAGAGUUGCCGCCCCCUCGCCCCGGCGCCGCUCGGGAUCGGAUCUGCGGAUGGUUUUGGCUGUAUCUUCAUGCCGGGCUUCAUCACCAGGCCUCCUCACCAACUCCUGUCCCUUCUGUGUCUCGGACUCCGGAAACCUCGACCCCAAGUACUCUGUGCUCUGCCCAGGAAAUCUGACCAUCCUGCCUGUGGCAUUCACAGGCCCAGAGCCAUGGCUAACUCCUCCUCCUGGGAACUACCCCUGGUGGCUGUGUGCCAGGUAACAUCGACACCAGACAAGCAACAGAACUUUAAAACGUGUGCUGAGCUGGUUCGAGAGGCUGCCAGAUUGGGUGCUUGUCUUGCUUUCCUGCCGGAGGCAUUUGACUUCAUUGCACAGGACCCUGCAGAGACGCUCCGCCUAUCAGAGCCACUGGGUGGAAAUCUUUUGGGAGAAUAUACCCAGCUUGCCAGGGAAUGUGGACUCUGGCUGUCGUUGGGUGGUUUCCACGAGCGUGGCCAAGAUUGGGAGCAGACUCAGAAAAUCUACAAUUGUCAUGUGCUUCUCAACAGCAAGGGCUCAGUAGUGGCCACUUACAGGAAGACGCAUCUGUGUGAUGUAGAGAUUCCAGGGCAGGGACCCAUGCGUGAGAGCAGCUCUACCUUGCCUGGGCCCAGUCUUGAGUCGCCUGUCAGCACGCCAGCAGGCAAGAUUGGUCUAGCUAUCUGCUAUGACAUGAGGUUUCCUGAACUCUCUCUGGCAUUGGCACAAGCUGGAGCAGAAAUACUUACCUACCCCUCAGCGUUUGGAUCGGUUACAGGCCCAGCCCACUGGGAGGUGUUGCUGCGGGCCCGUGCCAUUGAAACCCAGUGUUAUGUAGUGGCGGCAGCACAGUGUGGACGCCACCAUGAAAAAAGAGCAAGUUAUGGCCACAGCAUGGUGGUAGACCCCUGGGGAACUGUGGUGGCCCGCUGCUCUGAGGGGCCAGGCCUCUGCCUUGCCAGAAUCGACCUCAACUACCUGCGACAGUUGCGCCAACAUCUACCGGUGUUCCAGCACCGCAGGCCUGAUCUCUAUGGCAAUCUGGGUCACCCACUGUCUUAAGACUUUUGACAUCUGAGUUGAGACCCCUUCCCCAUUGUGAGCUGGUACAGCUGUGGCUUGUUGGCAGGACCCAGGCGCAGCUCCCCUCACUCAUAGAACGUCAGCUCUGUAGAACACAAGCUCAGCUUCUUGGGAAGGAAACUCUCGCCCGAGCUCAGAUUCCAAGAAAGAUGAAAUUUUAUAUAGUCACUGUUUAUUUCAUGAAAACAAAUUAUGCUGAGGGCUGAGCAGCACUGGCAUUUGAAAAAAAUAUAUAAUCAUCAUAAAGUC